AUGUCAUUAUUAAAACCAACAUCUCAUCUACUUUUUUACUCAUUUGUUUUUGGAGGGACCACAUUCUAUUCAUACGUAGCAUCUCCCAUUGCGUUUAAAGUACUUGAAAAAGAACAGUUCUCCAAGUUACAAAAUCGUGUGUUCCCUUACUUUUUCCAGUUACAAUCAUUUUCUCCUGUAAUUUUAGCAUUAUCUUCACCUGUAACAUUAACUACUGGAUCAUUAAUUGCAUUGACUUCUGCCUCAGUUGCUGGACUAACUAAUUUAUGCAUUUUGUUGCCAUGGACAAGAAAAGUAAAGGAAGAAAGAAAAGAUGUCGCUCGCAAAUAUAAAGAUGAUAAGGAAAAGAUCGAAGAAAUGGAUGCCCCACUAAGGAAAGAAUUUGGGAAAUCUCAUGGUUUGAGCCUACUUUUCAAUUUAGCAAACGCUUUAAGUAUUUUAACAUAUGGAGUUUAUCUAACGAAAGGGUUGCUUAAAUACGUACCCAAGUAG